UAUUCCUUUUGUUUUUCUUUCGUUUCUGUACAACGAAAAAGUAUCAUGGAAGGGACCCAUUACAUUGACAAACUGACUCAACCGACUCGAACCAGACAGCAAUAAAUCGGAUACAUUGUAUAAAUUGACCAUGGAAAAGCCGGCCGCCGAUUCCCAACUUUCCCAAAUCAAUAAUCCCAGUUUUCCAAAACCCUUACCAUACUUUCAAGAGUUCUUCUUUUGGUUUAAUACACUGUUGAGUCGCACAAUACCCUUCUAGUCAGUCCUCUCUUAACGAGAGUCUUGUCUCUUUCUUCGCUUUUCAAUAUUGUACUCUUGGCUGUAUAGUUAUUCAUAAAAUACCCAGCCUUUUGAUUUCCUUGAUGAGGUAGAUAGUUUUGUCCUUUUAGCGAGAAAGCUUGCCGUUCAAUUGGGUGGCAUAUGGAGGAAGAGCUGAUUGGAGUGAACUGAGGAAGUAGAGCCUGAGGUCAUUCACUUUCGAUUCAAAUGGAAUCUUGCAAUUGCAUUGACCCACCAUGGCCAGCUGAGGAGUUAUUGAUGAAGUACCAAUAUAUUUCAGAUUUCUUCAUUGCUCUUGCCUAUUUUUCCAUCCCUCUAGAGCUUAUUUACUUUGUUAAGAAAUCUGCAGUGUUUCCAUAUCGAUGGGUGCUUGUGCAGUUUGGUGCUUUUAUAGUUCUAUGUGGGGCAACGCAUCUUAUUAACUUAUGGACUUUUACUAUGCACUCACGAACUGUGGCCAUUGUAAUGACCACGGCGAAAGUUUUGACUGCUGUGGUGUCAUGUGCUACUGCACUUAUGCUAGUACACAUUAUUCCUGAUCUUUUGAGUGUUAAAACUAGAGAACUAUUUUUGAAAAACAAAGCUGCAGAAUUGGAUAGGGAGAUGGGUCUGAUUCGUACACAGGAAGAAACAGGCCGGCAUGUUAGGAUGCUGACUCAUGAAAUCAGAAGCACACUUGAUAGGCAUACUAUUCUAAAGACCACUCUUGUUGAACUAGGUAGGACCUUGGCAUUGGAAGAGUGUGCCUUGUGGAUGCCCACGCGGACUGGGUUGGAACUUCAACUUUCGUACACUCUUCGUCAGCAGAAUCCUGUUGGAUAUACUGUACCUAUCCAACUUCCUGUCAUUAAUCAAGUAUUCAGUCGCAAUCGUGCUGUUAAAAUAUCACCUAAUUGUCCAGUUGCAAGAAUACGGCCUUUUGCUGGAAAAUAUAUCCCUGGGGAGGUGGUUGCUGUUCGUGUGCCACUUCUUCAUCUCUCUAAUUUCCAAAUUAAUGAUUGGCCCGAGCUUUCUACCAAACGUUAUGCUUUGAUGGUUUUAAUGCUUCCCUCAGAUAGUGCAAGGCAGUGGCAUGCUUAUGAGUUGGAGCUCGUUGAAGUAGUUGCUGAUCAGGUGGCUGUUGCUCUAUCACAUGCUGCUAUCUUAGAAGAGUCGAUGAGGGCAAGGGAUCUUCUUAUGGAGCAGAAUGUUGCACUUGAUCAUGCAAGGAGAGAAGCAGAAACAGCUAUCCGUGCUCGCAAUGAUUUCUUAGCGGUCAUGAACCAUGAGAUGAGAACUCCCAUGCAUGCAAUUAUUGCACUUUCUUCCCUGCUGCAAGAAACUGAGCUGACACCUGAGCAGCGCCUGAUGGUUGAGACAAUUCUAAAGAGUAGUAAUCUCUUGGCUACUCUAAUUAAUGAUGUAUUAGACCUUUCAAGGCUUGAAGAUGGCAGCUUUCAGCUUGACAUGGGAACUAUUAAUCUUCAUGCUGUGUUCAGGGAGGUUCUUAACUUGAUCAAACCUAUUGCGUCUGUUAAAAAGUUGCCUAUUACAUUAACUUUGUCUCCAGAUUUGCCAGAAUACGCCAUUGGUGAUGAAAAACGCCUUAUGCAGACAAUAUUAAAUGUUGUUGGUAAUGCUGUGAAGUUCUCAAAAGAAGGCAACAUCUUAAUCACUGCUUCUGUUGCGAAAUUAGAGUCUUUAAAAGAUCUUCGGCUUCCUGAUUUUUUUCCAGUAACAAGCGAUAAUCACUUCUAUUUGCGUGUACAGGUAAAAGAUGAGGGACUAGGCGUAAAUCCCCAAGAUAUCCCUAAAUUAUUUACCAAAUUUGCACAAAGCCAAUCUUUAGCAACCAGAAAUUCCGGUGGCAGUGGACUUGGCCUUGCAAUUUGUAAGAGAUUUGUAAAUCUUAUGGAAGGACACAUUUGGAUUGAAAGCGAAGGUCUUGGCAAGGGCUGCACUGCAAUCUUUGUUGUUAAACUUGGUGUUCUUGAGCGCUCAAACGAAUCUAAGCUUCCUUUCAUGUCAAAAUUGCCAGCAAAUCAUGGACAGACAAAUUUUUCUGGGCUCAAAGUUCUUGUGAUGGAUGAUAACGGGGUUAGCAGGAUGGUAACCAAAGGACUUCUUGUGCACUUAGGAUGUGAUGUGACGACUGUGGGCUCAAGUGAUGAGUGUUUAAGAGUAGUUUCUCAGGAUCACAAGGUCGUAUUUAUGGAUGUCUGCGUGCUUGAUGGUUUUGAAGUUGCUAUCCGCAUGCAUGAAAAAUUUACAAAACGUCAUGAAAGACCAUUAAUUGUAGCACUUACUGGAAACACAAACAAAGUGACAAAGGAAAACUGCAUGAGGGUCGGCAUGGAUGGUGUAAUACUGAAACCUGUCUCUGUUGAAAAGAUGAGAGCUGUUUUAUCUGAUCUUUUGGAGCAUCGGGUUCUAUUUGAGGCCAUGUAAGCCUUAUGGAUAUAACACUGACUGGAAAGGAGGAAUUCAAAGUCCUUGCAGUUGUUUGUUGUGUAUAAUACACCAGAGUAUGGGAGCAUUACAGUAUAGAUGGUGUGCUGGCAAAAAUAACAUGAUUGCUAAAAGCCGGUCCGUAUAUAUGUCCUUUUGUGCAACCAGUUACGAAAUUCAGACGGAGCAAAUAGUUCCAGGCUUGUGGAGUUCUGAGCAUCCUUUGGUAAUAAAUCUGUUCAGUAAAUUGUAAAACAGAAUACCAGAUUACCAGUUAUGUAACCGGGACAUAACAAAGGCUUGUGGAGAUGCGAGUUUCCUUUGACAAUGAAUUUAUUGUUGGUCAGCAAGCUGUGCAACAGAAUGUUUCACAUAUGAUGAUCAAAUAUGGAACAGAGCUUUUACUUCUUGAAUCCAAAAUCUGUUUCUGCGAGACAUAUUUGAUGUUUCUCUCUCUCUUUUCUCAAUCUUUCCUUGUACAGCAACAAAUCCGUUUUUCUCAAGGACCAUGCUCGUCUGGGAAGUAAUUUGCUUGAUUUGCCUCUAUAAUAUGUGUAGCGGUCUUUAAGGUAUAGUAUCUCUAAUUAUCAGGUUUCAGAAGAAUUGCAUUUGGGCUAUUGUUUGUUGGAUUGAAAUUGUUCAUCUUGAGAAACCUCUCGUUGUUUUUUCUGGUUA